AUGUCCAAUUUUCUUGAUAUUUUCCUUGCUUGGGAUUAUUGGGGAAGUUUAUUACUUGGUUAUCCUCUAAACAUUAUUCUGAUUAUUUUAAUUAUUUUUAAAACACCAAAAGAAAUGGAAACACACAGCAGAAUUCUGAUACAAAAUUGUGUUUUGGAUAUUUUAGCAUUAACAAUUCAGAUGUUAAUACAAAUCGUAAAAUUUUUUAAAAAUCCAGAAUUAAAUUAG